GUGGCGUAGGCCGCAAACACUCUAGAGUUGUUUUCGCCCCUCGAGGGAACCCACAUUGGGAUGAGCUCUGCUGGAGACGAAGAGCGCACUGCUGCGAGCGGAGAACAGAUCCGCCCGCCGGUGCAGGAGGGCCGCGAUGCGAAACUUGCAAGUUUGCAACUGCAGAUUUCGCAAUUGUCGGCCCUGGUGGAGGCGUCGGUGAAGAAGAAGGAGCCUGGCAGCGUCGUGGCGGAUGCAGCCAGUAGGGGCGGCUGGGUUGCUGCCCCCGAAAGCAAAGAGUCCCUGCAGCCGCACGGUGGAGGCGGGGGAUUUCUCCAGCAGCAAGCGAGAGAUAGUGGGCAAGGACCACGGCAGCUGCUGGAAGGCGGAUGGGCCAGCAGAUCGGGAGCGAACCCUGUUGGACCAGCCGGAGUGGGCCCGGGGAUAGGACCGGACUACGGGGAAGCGAGGGGGUUGAACCCCCCUGGCGAGAUACCCGUGAUUCGAGGAAAUGGAGAAUUCCUCGACGGCUACAGCAGUAGCCACAUGAAGAGAGUAACAGUCAAUGCCCCGCGUCUCGACGGGGAGAGUCGCGGCCACGGGUAUGACUCGUGGAGAAAAUCGCUUAUCCAAGCGGCCAAGACUGUUGGACUGGACGGCCAAUUGAUCGGCAACAACGAGAGACAUGCACCUGUCGGCAACCCAAACGUGCCAAGCUCGGAGCUGUACCGCCUCCAAUACACCAGCGACGAGGUCCAGAGGGGCCUCCAAGCGUUCCAUUUUGUGACCACUGCCAUCGUCAGAGAAGCCGACAAGGCGAUCGUGAACAAGUGCGAGACCGCAAAAGAGAUCCUCGCAGAACUCGACAAAAUCUACGAUCCGGAAUCGCAGGGCUCGAAACAAGCCCUCAUGAAGCAAAUGUUCAACUUCACGAUUCCCACACACAGCACCAGAAACCCCAUCGAGCACCUGUACUCUCUCGAGCUGCUGUACUCACGCCUACGCGAAAAAG